AUGUUUUUGAACGAGUUUUUACGACUUUUUCUUUUUCUUUUUGAACGAGUUUUUACGACUUCCGCGAAUAGGGAGCAAAAACACUAUACCAGCAAACAAGACUAUGAUAAAAAGCUAGAAAAAAAAAAACAUAGUAAAACAAUAUGGCGCCCCAAGAAAGGAAUUCGUUAUGAAAAUGACAUUUCGGACGCGACUGUACCUAAGAAGGAAGAAGAAGAGACCAAGAAAGACACAGAUUUUGAUGAUUUAUUGCCAUAUGUAGGAGAAUUUGGACUGUACCAGAAGAUAUUGUUCCUUUUGAUGAUACCUUUCGCCUUUUUCGUUGCUUUUGUUUACUUCUCACAAAUCUUCAUGACGUUGGUGCCUGAACAGCAUUGGUGUUGGGUUCCGGAGUUGGCCAACAUGAGCGUAGAAGAAAGACGAGCCCUGGCCAUUCCACCAUCAACAGGUCCGUUCUCGCAUGACCGCUGCAAGAUGUACUCCGCAGACUUCAAAGCAGCGCUGGCUCAGGGUAGAACAACCCCUGAUGAUGAGUGGCCUGUGGUGCCUUGUCAGUACGGAUGGGAGUACAACAAGAGUGAUGUGCCAUAUGAUACUAUUGCUUCCGAGUUGGACUGGGUUUGCGAGCAGGACAACUUAGCAGCAACAGCUCAAGCUAUAUUCUUCUGUGGAGCUAUAGUUGGUGGCCUUAUCUUUGGGUGGAUUGCUGAUAAAUACGGAAGGAUUCCUGCUUUAGUCGGCACAAACCUAUUGGGCUUCAUAGCAGGAGUCGGUACAUCGUUCUGCAACAGCUUCUGGUCCUUUGCUCUGUGUCGGUUCCUGGUCGGACUGGCGUUCGACAACUGUUUCACAAUGAUGUAUAUACUUGUCCUGGAAUACGUUGGGCCCAAAUGGAGAACAUUUGUGGCCAAUAUGUCCAUCGCUCUAUUCUUCACUCUGGCGGCUUCUCUACUGCCCUGGAUAGCGUUGUGGGCUGAUGAUUGGAGAAUUUUCGCUAUGGGAACCAGUUUGCCGUUCGCGUUGGCAAUUGCUACACCUUGGCUGGUUCCUGAGAGUGCAAGAUGGCUCGUAUCCCAAGGCAAAAUAGACAAGGCUUUGAUAAUUAUGAAGAAAUUCCAGAGGAUAAAUAAAACCAAGAUCCCAGACAAGGUCCUUAGUGAUUUCACGGAAUCCUCUCUUAGACAUAUUAAGAAAUCAGAAUCUGAAUCCAGGACUUAUUCAGUACUGGAUCUUUUCAAGACACCAAGACUUAGAAAGAAUGCGAUACUCCUUAUCGUGAUCUGGAUGGCGAUAUCCCUGGUAUUCGACGGUCACGUGAGGAAUGUUGGUUCUUUGGGUUUGGAUGUGUUCUUGACAUUCACUAUUGCGUCAGCUACGGAGCUUCCAGCUGACACUUUCCUAACUGCAGUUCUUGACAGGUGGGGCCGAAGAUGGUUGGCGUGUGGUUCUAUGGUAUUCAGUGGUAUUUUCAGCUUGUUGGCAACGGCUGUACCUAUAGGUGGACCUUCGGCCUCUCUUGCUAUCCUGGGUCGUUUCGCCGUGAAUAUUUCCUACAAUAUCGGGUUACAGUACGCAGCAGAACUUCUACCAACUGUGGUGCGAGCCCAAGGUGUGGCGCUAAUACACAUCAUGGGAUAUGUUGCUUCAAUCGUUGCCCCGUUCGUAGUGUACUUGGCCAACAUCUCUCAAGAUCUACCUCUUUUGAUUCUUGGUGUUCUUGGGAUCGUUGGUGGUCUCCUCUGCCUGUUCCUACCAGAGACUAUGGACACAGAGAUGCCUCUAACUCUUGCUGAUGGAGAGGACUUCGGGAAGAAUCAACGAUUUUGGGAUAUCCCUUGCUUCACCAGAAAAACAGUAGAGGAAGACGAAGAAAACCCAGGAAGAUACACUAAACGACCUUCAUUAUCUGCCACCAAUGCGCCCCAGGAAUUUAUUCGGGCUGCUCCAAGUGCCAUAGGAUCCAGAGCUUCUGUCAGGGCUUCGAUAAGAGCUUCAACCAGAAGACGAGAUAGCCAUAAAGACAGAAAUGUAGUUUGA